GCCAGUUUUGGAAUAUAUGGUGAAAGUGUUGGGUGCCUCCUAGUGGUUAUGAGAAAUAAUGGCGCUUUGAUCAGUGUUUGCUCCCAGCUGGAAUGUCUUGUGCUUAGAAAAUGGUCAAAACCAACAGCUACUGGAGCACGAGUGGUAGCAACAGUUCUUAAUAAUCCAACUCUUCAUGAAGAAUGGAAGGAAAACCUAAAAAUGGCAGCAAAACGUCUUAUCGUUAUCAGAGAAAAAAUGAGGGAGAAGCUUAGACUUCUGGAGACUUUGAGAUCUUGGAAUCAAAUCACCCAGCAAUCUGGCCUAUUCACCUACUUUGGAUUAACCAAGGACCAAGUGGAUUUUCUGGCAAAGAGAAACCAUAUUUAUUUACCUGAAAAUGGACAAAUAAACAUCUCGGGACUUAAUGUGAACAACAUACAUUACGUCACACAGUGUAUAAGUGAUGUGACUCUGAAUGACACAAGAUGA